CAGCAGCAGCAGCAGCAGGAGAAGCAGCCUCAGUUAUGACUGCCGCAUGUUAAUAGCUGCCGCUCGGGUCUCUCGGCUGCUGCUGGAGACGGAGCCUGACUCCGAAGUUGUGCAACUGUGGACUGGGAGAGACAUUUGAACCCUCCUCUCUCUUUGCUCGGUUUCGACCCCCUCGGUGUGUUUGGAGCGAGCGAAACGUCAAGGAAGACACGCAUUUGGGUCUUUUCUUCUUGUUUCCCCCUUGCCCUUUCUCCAUGGCUGUGUAGUGGGAGAAAGGGGGAAGGAGAGACUUUUUGUUGUUGUUUCUCCACCCUCCUGCUGCCUUCUCUGCGCUUUGGUAUCCUUCUUGGCCGCGUGUGGCGGGGUGCCUUCUCCGGGGCCGGCCGGUCUCUUGCCCCGGGCUCCAUGGCUGGAUUGUGGACGCUGCCCCCGGCUGCAGGUUGUUGAGCAACUGAUGGGACGAUCUCAGGCACCGGCGGUUACGAAAGAAAUGUUUAAAUGUUCAGUAAAUCAGAGGAAAAGAACAUGGACUUUUAGCAACUGAAGAGCAAAUUAAGGAUUCAAAUUUGGGAUAUUGGUGUUUGUUUUUGAGAAAUUUUUUUGUGGGAUUUUUUUUUUUUUUUUUUUUUUUUUUUAAUCAUCGGUCGUGGAAUACAGAAGAGGAACCAGAAAGACACUUAUUUCAUUUCACGCUGGGAACACUCACUUUUGAGGCACUCUCACGCCCUGAUACACAACCAUGUGGCCAUCACAGCUACUAGUCUUCAUGGUGCUUACUGCACCAAUCAUUCAAGGUGGCAAGCACAGUGAGCGACAUCCAGCCCUUCCUGCUCCACUGCGACAUGCUGAGCGCAGCCCCGGAGGCGCUCUCCCACCCAGACAUCUCCUUCAGCAACCAGCCGCAGAGCGGGCCACUACUCAUCGUGGACAAGGGCCCCGUGGAGCUGCCAGAGGAGGUCGUGGUCCAGGUGCCCAAGGAGCCCAGAGUGCAGCCCAAGCUUUCAGCCGUGCCCCAAUUCCGAUGGCUGUGGUCCGCAGAGAGCUCUCCUGUGAGAGCUACCCCAUAGAGCUCCGCUGUCCAGGAACAGAUGUCAUCAUGAUAGAAAGUGCCAACUAUGGAAGGACUGAUGACAAAAUUUGUGACUCUGACCCUGCUCAGAUGGAGAACAUACGAUGCUAUCUGCCAGAUGCCUAUAAGAUUAUGUCUCAAAGGUGCAAUAACAGAACGCAGUGUGCCGUGGUGGCAGGUCCUGAUGUUUUUCCAGACCCGUGUCCAGGAACCUAUAAAUACCUGGAAGUGCAGUACGAAUGUGUCCCUUACAAAGUGGAACAAAAAGUUUUUCUUUGUCCUGGACUACUGAAAGGAGUAUACCAGAGUGAGCACUUGUUUGAAUCCGACCACCAAUCUGGGGCGUGGUGCAAAGACCCUCUGCAGGCUUCUGACAAGAUUUAUUAUAUGCCCUGGACGCCCUACAGAACCGACACCCUCACUGAGUACUCCUCCAAGGACGACUUCAUCGCCGGAAGACCUACUACGACCUACAAGCUCCCUCACAGGGUGGAUGGCACAGGGUUUGUAGUGUACGACGGAGCUCUGUUUUUCAACAAAGAGCGCACCAGGAACAUAGUAAAGUUCGAUCUGCGGACUAGGAUAAAGAGCGGAGAGGCGAUCAUAGCAAACGCCAAUUACCAUGAUACCUCCCCUUACCGAUGGGGAGGCAAAUCUGACAUAGACCUGGCAGUGGAUGAAAAUGGGCUCUGGGUGAUCUAUGCAACAGAACAAAAUAAUGGUAAAAUUGUCAUCAGUCAGUUGAACCCUUACACCCUACGGAUUGAAGGGACCUGGGAUACUGCGUACGAUAAAAGAUCCGCUUCCAACGCAUUUAUGAUCUGCGGGAUUCUGUAUGUGGUCAAAUCUGUCUACGAGGAUGAUGACAAUGAGGCCACAGGGAAUAAGAUUGACUACAUUUACAACACCGACCAAAGUAAGGAUAGUUUGGUGGAUGUCCCCUUUCCCAACUCGUACCAGUACAUAGCAGCUGUGGAUUACAACCCCAGGGACAACCUUCUUUACGUAUGGAAUAACUAUCACGUCGUGAAAUAUUCCUUGGAUUUUGGACCUCUGGAUGGUAGAUCAGGGCAGGCGCAUCAUGGCCAGGUGUCCUACAUCUCUCCGCCAAUUCACCUUGACUCUGAGCUAGAAAGACCUCCUGUUAGAGAAAUGUCUACCACAGGACCUCUUGGCAUGGGAAGCACCACCACCAGCACCACCCUGCGGACCACAACUUGGAGCCCAGGCAGGAGUACCACCCCAUCCGUGUCCGGAAGACGAAACCGGAGUACCAGCACCCCAUCUCCAGCUGUGGAGGUGCUUGAUGACAUGACCACACAUCUGCCAUCAGCCUCGUCCCAAAUCCCAGCUCUGGAAGAGAGCUGUGAAGCUGUGGAAGCUCGAGAAAUCAUGUGGUUUAAGACCCGUCAAGGACAGAUGGCCAAGCAGCCUUGCCCUGCAGGAACGAUUGGAGUAUCAACUUAUCUCUGUCUGGCUCCUGAUGGAAUCUGGGAUCCCCAAGGACCAGAUCUUAGCAACUGUUCUUCUCCUUGGGUCAACCAUAUAACACAAAAGUUGAAAUCUGGAGAGACAGCUGCCAACAUUGCUAGAGAGCUGGCUGAACAAAUAAGAAAUCAUUUGAAUGCUGGAGACAUCACCUACUCAGUCCGUGCCAUGGACCAGCUGGUAGGCCUCCUAGAUGUCCAACUCCGGAACUUGACCCCAGGUGGAAAAGACAGUGCGGCACGGAGUUUGAACAAGCUUCAGAAAAGAGAGCGCUCUUGCAGAGCCUAUGUCCAGGCGAUGGUCGAGACAGUUAACAACCUUCUCCAGCCACAAGCCUCAAAUGCGUGGAGAGACCUGACUACAAGCGAUCAGCUACGGGCAGCGACCAUGUUGCUUGACACUGUGGAGGAAAGUGCUUUUGUCCUGGCCGAUAACCUUUUGAAGACUGACAUUGUCAGGGAGAACACAGACAAUAUUCAGUUGGAAGUUGCAAGGCUGAGCACGGAAGGAAAUUUAGAAGACCUAAAAUUUCCAGAAAACAUGGGUCACGGAAGCACUAUCCAGCUCUCCGCAAAUACUUUAAAACAAAAUGGUCGAAACGGAGAGAUCAGAGUGGCCUUUGUCCUAUACAACAACUUGGGUCCUUAUUUGUCCACGGAGAAUGCCAGUAUGAAGUUGGGAACAGAGGCUAUGUCCACCAAUCAUUCUGUUAUUGUCAAUUCCCCUGUUAUUACAGCAGCAAUAAACAAAGAGUUCAGCAAUAAGGUUUAUUUAGCUGAUCCUGUGGUGUUCACUGUUAAACAUAUUAAGCAGUCCGAGGAGAAUUUCAACCCUAACUGUUCAUUUUGGAGCUAUUCCAAGCGCACAAUGACAGGUUAUUGGUCAACACAAGGCUGCCGGCUUCUAACAACAAAUAAGACACAUACUACAUGCUCUUGUAAUCACCUAACCAAUUUUGCAGUACUGAUGGCACACGUGGAAGUUAAGCACAGUGAUGCGGUCCAUGACCUUCUUCUGGAUGUGAUCACGUGGGUUGGAAUUUUGCUGUCCCUUGUUUGUCUCCUGAUUUGCAUCUUCACAUUUUGCUUUUUCCGCGGGCUCCAGAGUGACCGCAAUACCAUCCACAAGAACCUCUGCAUCAGCCUUUUUGUAGCUGAACUUCUCUUCCUGAUCGGGAUCAACCGAACUGACCAACCCAUUGCCUGUGCCGUUUUCGCUGCCCUCUUACAUUUCUUCUUCCUGGCCGCCUUCACCUGGAUGUUCCUGGAGGGAGUGCAGCUCUACAUCAUGCUGGUGGAGGUUUUCGAGAGUGAGCACUCGCGGAGGAAAUAUUUCUACCUGGUCGGCUACGGGAUGCCGGCGCUCAUCGUGGCUGUGUCAGCAGCGGUGGACUAUAGGAGUUACGGAACAGAUAAAGUAUGUUGGCUCCGACUUGACACCUACUUCAUUUGGAGCUUUAUAGGACCAGCGACCUUGAUAAUAAUGCUUAAUGUCAUCUUCCUUGGGAUUGCUCUAUAUAAAAUGUUCCAUCAUACUGCCAUUCUGAAACCUGAAUCGGGCUGCCUUGAUAAUAUCAACUAUGAGGAUAACAGACCCUUCAUCAAGUCAUGGGUUAUAGGUGCAAUAGCUCUUCUCUGCCUAUUAGGAUUGACCUGGGCCUUCGGACUCAUGUAUAUUAAUGAAAGCACAGUCAUCAUGGCGUAUCUCUUCACUAUAUUCAAUUCUCUACAGGGAAUGUUUAUAUUCAUUUUCCAUUGUGUCCUACAAAAGAAGGUACGAAAAGAGUAUGGGAAAUGCCUGCGAACGCAUUGUUGUAGUGGCAAAAGUACAGAGAGUUCCAUUGGCUCAGGGAAAACAUCUGGUUCUCGAACUCCUGGACGCUACUCCACAGGCUCACAGAGCCGAAUUCGUAGAAUGUGGAAUGACACGGUCCGAAAGCAGUCAGAGUCUUCCUUCAUUACUGGAGAUAUAAACAGUUCAGCGUCACUCAACAGAGAGCCCUACAGAGAGACAAAGGGGCUUCUGAACAAUGCCAGGGAUACAAGUGUCAUGGAUACUCUACCACUGAAUGGUAACCAUGGCAAUAGUUACAGCAUUGCCAGUGGUGAGUACCUGAGCAACUGUGUGCAAAUCAUAGACCGUGGCUAUAACCACAACGAGACCGCCCUAGAGAAAAAGAUUCUGAAGGAACUCACUUCCAACUAUAUCCCGUCUUACCUGAACAACCACGAGCGCUCCAGUGAACAAAACAGGAAUCUGAUGAACAAGCUGGUGAAUAACCUUCGCAGCGGGAGUGAAGAUGAUGCCAUUGUCCUGGAUGACGCCACCUCCUUUAACCAUGAGGAGAGUUUGGGCCUGGAACUCAUUCAUGAGGAAUCCGAUGCUCCUUUGCUUCCCCCAAGAGUUUACUCUGCAGAGAACCACCAGCCACACCAUUACACCAGAAGGCGGCUCCCCCAAGACCACAGUGAGAGCUUUUUCCCUUUGCUAACCAACGAGCACACAGAAGAUCUCCAGUCACCCCAUAGGGACUCUCUGUACACCAGCAUGCCGGCACUGGCUGGUGUGCCUGCCGCGGAGAGUGUUACCACCAGCACCCAGACCGAACCCCCUCCGGCCAAAUGUGGUGAUGCCGAAGAUGUUUACUACAAAAGCAUGCCAAACCUAGGCUCCAGAAACCACGUCCAUCAGCUGCACACCUACUACCAGCUAGGGCGUGGUAGCAGUGAUGGAUUUAUAGUUCCUCCAAACAAAGAUGGGACCCCUCCAGAGGGCAGUUCAAAAGGACCAGCUCAUUUGGUCACUAGUCUAUAGAAGAUGACACAGAAAUCGAAACCAACAAAACUGCUAACACCUGGUGGACUGUUCCGAGUUGAUAUAAGCAGUGGUAAUAAUGUGUGUACUCCUAAAUCUUUAUGCUGUUCUUGAAAGACAAACACAGACUUUCAGACUUUUUUUUUUUUUUUUAAACUGGGAUUUAUAGGUCAGCCCAGGGGAGAAAGAUAACUGCUGAAAUUCCCCUGUGCCCUCUCCUUUCCUGUCUUUCCCCCUCAGAUGGAGACUUCAUUAUGUUAAUGAACGAGAUAUGAAGAAGAUGGCGCUCAUUGUGGCCUUGUUGAAUUCUGUUGUGUUUGUUCUAGCAUCUCUGAUGCUCUGUUACGAUAAUAACAAGGACCUGAUUUUUAAAAGGCCAGAAUGGUUGUUUGAAAUUAGUAACAAUGCUGCAUCUAGAUUGGAGUGCUGCACAAACAUAAAAACA